AUGCCCGACCAGACGGUAGAAUAUUUGAGCUCUUUGUACGGCGGAUUUUGGGACUUUGAAGUCAAAGAUUUUUGUUAUAUGAGCAACCCCUUUUUCCCCCCAGAGACUCUCUUGGAGGACUUGGGGGUACAUUUGACCGAAUUGGUCAAGGCUUAUCCGUCGACCAACUGGUAUAUAUCAUCAUUGCUGGCGGACCCCUUGGGAUUAACUGAGAACGAGGUGGUGGUCGGAAACGGCGCCAGUGAAUUGAUAGACCUUUUGGUCAAUCGAUUCGUCCAGAAUCUGGCUAUCCCUGUACCUACAUUCAAUGAGUUUACCAACCGAGCCAAGACCUUGGGCAGGAAAGUCAACCCCUUCCGCCUUCGCGGCGAAUUCAAACUUGACCCGGAAGCGUUUGUACGGCACGUGAGAAAAACGGGGUCCAAUGCGGCUGUACUCAUCCGGCCCAACAACCCUACCGGGUCCCUUAUCUCCAAAUCUGACCUUGCCUUUUUGCUGGAAGACCUCAGGGACCUAGACCUGGUGCUGGUGGAUGACUCAUUUAUUGAGUUCGUAACCACGGAAUCGGACCAAGCAGCGUCGAACUUGGUAUUCGAAUUUCCGAACUUGGUCGUGCUGAAGAGCCUCUCCAAGAAUUACGGAAUCCCGGGGCUUCGUUUAGGGUAUGCUGUCUCCGGGGACAAUGAGCGCGUCAAGCAGCUGCGACAGGACCUCCCCAUCUGGAACAUCAAUUCUUUAGCCCAGUUCUUCUUACGCCAUUACGGAGAGUACCAAGAGGAGUUCACGGUUUCGUGCUUAAGGGUGCGGGAAGCGACCCAGCGGCUGUUUCAACAACUUCGCGGAGUGCCCUACCUUCAUCCCUUCCCGACCCAAGGCAACUUUGUCUUGUGCCGGGUCCUCCACGGCUUUACCGGAGGGGAAUUAACUUCAGCUCUAUUCGAGCAGUACAAUAUCCUGGUCAACAAUUGCAGUGAGAAGGAGGGACUGGAGGACUCUUACAUACGAAUUGCUUCCCGCACCAAAGCGGACAAUGCGGCUCUGGUAGCUGCCCUGCAAGGACUAGACCCCGGACCAUCUCUAGGACAUCCAGACUCCCAGACAUCCAGAUUGCACCAGGCGGGGUAG